AAUGACUGAUGAAAGAAAUAUGUAUAGAAUUAAGAAUUACGUACGUAAUUUGGAUAAUAGGAUGAAAAGGGAACAUUACGAAACGAGGAACUUUAUAUUCUUUCAAGUGAAAAUUUUGAAACGCUUACAAAAGCAAGAAGCAAGAUUAAAUAGAUUAUGCUCACUUUAUACUUUCCUUGCUGCUAUUUUUAUUGGUGUUUGUGUGAAUAUCAUCUAUUUCUACUUUUUAAGAGGUUCACUUACGAAUCUAAUGGAACAAAGGACUCAUUAUGAAGUGGACGAAAAAUCGGUAAUUAAACAAUCGAGAACUCUUGAUUUACUAUAUCCAGAACUGGAUUUAAUCAAUAAAACAAAGUUAAAUCGUACCGACAAAGUUUUUAUUGAAUCUAAUACAAAAACGGUUAAAUCCAGUUUAAAAAGUGACAGGCGUACGACAAGCCCAAAUCCGAUACCUUUUCGCGAUAACGAAACAACUACCAGAGUUAACUUGACAACGAGUUUACAAGCAAAUAAUGAAGAUUUAACAACUGUUGCUUCCACUAUAAAAUCAAGUACAGCUCAAAUAACACAACCUAUCAAAACCAAGAUAAAAGGAAAUAUAGUAACUUCUCAAGAUGAUUAUAAAACUGGUAGAUAUAUUACAGAAUUAUCAACAGUUAAAACUUUAUUUAACAGACCUCCUAAAGCUUUUGCAAUGCAUUCAAAAUCAACUGCAGAUGAUUUAACAAAUGGUAGUUUUAUUUUAAAAGUCUUAACUACUGGACGUUCUAAGAGCAAUUCAAAAGUGACUACGAAUACCUUAUUAAUAAAUGAUAGUUCCAAUGUGAAAAUUUCAACUGGUAAACUCAUAUUUAUUAAAUCUAAUGACUCGACCAUAAACUUGGAAAGAAAUACACACGAUUCAAAAGAUAGUCAUUCUACUAGAGAAGAAAGCAUUGUCUUAUCUACAACUACUAGGCCUAUUGAAAGCGACGUUACAAGAUAUCUAAAGAAAGCUAAAAAAGUUGAAGUCUUGAAGAGUAGUAGUGGUAGUAGUAGUAGUAGUAGUAGCAGUAGUGGUAGUAGUAGAAGUAGUAGUACCAAUAGUGAUCUUUCUACUAGCGAACAUCUACUUAAUAACUCUAUUAAGACUACCAAGUCCUUUACAACUUCUAUGGAAACAACUAGUGAAGCUACUUUAGGUUUAGUGAAGCAAACUUCAACAGCUCAGACUCAAGAACUUAUUACCACAACCGAAUCCGUUGAAAUAUUCCCAACUGCGGAACAUACGGCAACCAAAUUGAAUUCAACGGAAGAAACUAAUUUGGAAACUUUAUCAACUUUGACAAACUUUUUCACAAUUGGUUCAAGUCCAACGGUUCAAACAACUACUGAACGCCAUCUAUUGGAUUUAAAUAAUUACCAAUUAAAAUUGACCAAACAACUAUUCGAAUUUGGAAAGUUUAUAUAUGAUAUUAUAAUUUCAGAAGGUAAUUUAUACUAUGUGGCAAAAUACGAUCGGAUUAAUAGAGGUCUAUACGUAAUGAAUCCUGAAUUUGGGGCAAUAGAACAAGUUCAAGUGAAAAAAAAUUGUAAAUUAAGAUCUAUUACAAUCACAUUGAAUGGCACAAUAGUAGCUUUAUGCUCAACAAAGAACAAUAUAAUGGAAGGUGUAGUUAUUUCUUCCCAUGAUAAAGGAGCUAAUUGGGAAAUUCUGUUUUCAUUGGAUUAUAGUAUCUCCCAAAUUCGUUCCACAGCGGAUGGAAUGUUAAUUGUUUCUACCACUAGUCCUUGCGAUAUAUUAGGAUUACAUAUGAAUGGUACUAUUGUCUGGAAGACUAAUAUAACAGCAGAUGGUCGAGCAAAUAUAGCGAUAAUCGAUAAUAAAGUAGCGGUCGCUGAUAUCUUUGGAAUACGAGGUAUACUGCUUUUGGAUUCAACUGAUGGCAGCAUAUUUAAAACUAUUAAAGAAGUCAACAAAAACUCAUAUUUUCGAAAUGUUUAUUUGUUAGGACAUAAUCAGGGACUUCUCCUUUGCCAAAAAAAGAGGAGAACUACAAAGAUAUCAAUCUAUACUACGGAAGGAAAACUCAUAAGUAACAGAAACUUUAAUAGAUUAUAUUCUGCUGCGGUUUUUUCAAAUGGAACGGAAACUCUAUUCUUGGCAGGCCAAUACCGUAUUGACGCUUUUACUUUAAGAAAUGAUUAA